AUGCGCCUCGUGCUCCACGCUGUGUCCUUCGCCCUCCUCACCAUCACCACUACCAACUCUCCGACACUGAGAGCCCCGACAUUCAAGAAACGGCCCACCGUGUACGACGUCUACGGCGCGCCCUCCAUCGAUGUCGACACCCAUCUCGCACAGCACCGUUCGGACUCUGCGCCCCCACCUGCAAGGACCCCAGCUGGCACUGUCGCACGGGAGCUGACGCCGUACCCUCUUGAGUCGGAUGGUUACGCCGGCUGA